UAUAAAAACUCAAGAAGUUCUAAACAUUUUAAUUUUGAUAUAAACGAUAAAUCAAUAUAUUUAAAAUCAAGACUAUCUAGUAUUAGUUCUUUCAAGGUUUCAGAUCGAAAUUCCAAUCCUAAGUUAAAUGAAAUUUUUUCACAAUUAUUGAUAUACAUAAAUAUUCUUUUUAAAGGCUGA